GAGUAAAAAAAAAAAAAACUUUUACACCGGACUCAUAAGCAUAAACACAUGGCCGAAAGGAAAUAGACUGCGAAGAAAGCCAUUUUUCAUCGCUGCAGUGGUUUUUAGACACACGACACUGUUUGCGUAGCAGAGGAGCCUGUUUCCUCUCCCUUUCUUUUCGCAGGGUAGCACACACACACACACACACACACACACACACACACACACACACACACACACACACAACCAGAGCAGCGGGGCUGUUUCACUUUAGCCGACUUGCUAGCUAACGUCAAGUUGUAAAGAAAGUGGAGAAGACGGCUGCUAAACGGGAGCUUAUCCGCCAACACAGACCUAUGCGACGGAAAGCAGGUGAGUGAUGGAGACGAGAGAGUUGACCGUGGUAGCUGGCAGCUUUGUGGUUUUCCAGGUUCUCUUCUCAGUGGCCAGCCCACUGCUCUCCACAGCCAUCACACCAGGUUAUGGACGUCUGCCUUCCACAAAGCUCACAGAGUGGAACUCCAGGUUGGUGUCAACUGUGCACGCCUUGAUUGUGGGGCUGUUCUGUCUGUUCAUCCUGCGGUUUGAUGAUGCAGUCAACGCGGACCCUGUCUGGGGCGACCCCAAUCUUGUCAAACUAAAUGUAGCCAUAACCUGUGGUUACCUGAUUUAUGACCUUGUGCUUCUUGCAUGUAACUGGAGCACCAUGGGGGACAGCUUUUUUGUGUGUCACCACUUGGCGGCGCUCUAUGCAUACGGAUAUGUGCUGACACGUGGUGUGCUUCCCUACUUUGCCAACUUUCGUCUCAUUUCAGAGUUGUCCACACCAUUUGUGAACCAAAGGUGGUUCUUUGAGGCAUUAAAGUAUCCCCGUUCACACCGGCUGGUGGUGUUAAACGGCAUGUUGAUGUCACUGGUGUUCUUCCUGGUUCGCAUUGCUGUCAUGCCGUCUUACUGGGCCAGUGUAUUCGCCACCUUUGGCACCCAAGACUUUGAGCGGCUGGGCUUUGGCGCCCAGGUGGCAUGGAUUACCUCCUGCAUCGCCCUGGAUAUUUUAAACACUGUCUGGAUGUAUAAGAUCGCCCGUGGGUGCUACAAGGUUAUGACUGGAAGAGGAGGAAGAAAGAGCAAAGAAGGAACAGAGGCAGAAUCUAUCUCUGAUAAGAAGCACUUCAACAACCACACAGACUAAAGAUGCCGAGCAGAGGACAUGUAGACACAGACGAAAGCAGGACGGGAGGCUGGACAUCCAGGAACCGAACAGCCUUCUUUCUUUUGCUGUAGCCUCAGUGUCCCUCCAAUCUCCACCCUCAAAUCACCAAUCCAAUCCUCCUUGAUUGCUGUGUCGACCAGUGCUCCAGGCUAAGAUUCCCUGGCUUCUGAGCCCAAAAUAGGACAAGGACUCUGCUUUUUGACUCAGUGAAGCAUCAGCCUUUGCAGCCUCAGUGUUUUCACUGACGGAUGAAGUAUCCUGGCGGGUGAUAGCUUUCGGUUGUGGACGACAAGGUAAAGCUCCCAAGCACACUUUUACCCUGUCUGUCACCCGCCUCUCCUCCCACCAUCGCUCAUGCCCUCUCAUGCUCAACUUCAGCCAAAGCCCAACCCUCUGAAGUGCCUAUGAGAGACGGGGAGGUAAUAGUUGUGGAGGAGCAGGAUCACAGUUCUAUCAGAGCUCACCCCUUCAGAAGACAACCAUCUCCUGCUCACUAUUAUCUUCUGAACAACUGGAGGCUUCUUAUUCUCUUGUUAAUUCUCCGUCCACACUUGAGGAGACGUGGCCUACAGAGUGAAAUAUUCUUUCAUCAGAUCCAGACAGUGUUUGAGAAUCUAUAGGGCUCUUGUCUUAAACUCAUCAGACCUCACUAAAAGAGACAAAUAAAACACCUUAAUGCCUCUUCUACAGUAUCACCUGCUGUGGCCUCCUUGAAACAAGUGACGCCUGCCUAGAUCACCAGCCAUGCCCCUACAACCUCCUUACAAUCAUGAUUUUAUAUCAAAAAAAGAGAAUGCAUGCAGGGGGAAGAGAAACACUCUCCAACAUCCUAAGCAUCUCACAAGACAGUUUUGCCUUUCAGUAUUCAUUGUGUUUGCAUCACUGUGCUGUACUUUGCACUCUUUAUUUUCUUUUCUUUUUUUACACAACUUGAAGUUCUACGCAUCUACGGAAACAUCUUUUAUUCACAUUACAGUCAUUGUAACGCUCUUCCUCACUGAGUAGGGCUUUAAUAUCAAUCAUGAACUUUUCAUUUUGUUCUACCUCUUCUCCUGUCUCAUACAGACUUCUUCAAUCAAUUCAUCAAAAGGAAAUGUUCAUAUUUUUUUUUUUUCUUUUUACUGUAAAGAUUUUCUUCAGGUUUGAAAACCUUAUCAUUUGUGACAUCACUUCUUUGGAGGAACUUCUUCCUCCCUCUUCCUUUUCCCAUGUUCAGAGCAUGUCCCAGUAAAGGCAGUCAAACCGAGCAGCAUCAUUUUUCUCCAGAAACUUUGUCCAGUUAGUGUACAACCCACAGGCUUUUUGAACUCUAUAUUGAGCUCCUCUUUCCUCACCGACUCUGACAAACUCAUUGAGGAAGUGGGCAUUAUAAAGUAAAUACAAACACAUCUGCUAUGAUCGGUCUCUGCUACCUUUCUUGCAAAGCAUAGUGUGCAAACUAUACACUUUAUUUGGUGCCCUUCUAAAACACCCACAUGGUGCUCUUCCUUUGGCAGAAUGACAGCAAUAGGAGUGCAAUAUGAUGUAAUAUGACACUUUAAAUCAGAAGAGAAUUUGGAUGUACCAAUGUGCGACAACAAUAGGAUGUCACUGUCAAAAGCAAUGUGUGGCAAUCUGCAUGUUUUUUUUAGUUUACUGUGAACUAUAUUAUUACAUAGUGCAUGGCAUACUUCUGUGAAUAGUCAAGGUAGAUGUAUUGCAUCUAAAUAUUUAUUGCAUUAAUCCAAUGCAGAACAGGGGUUUGUCUUCCAAAGCAGUUAAUGUGUUUUCCUCUUAGAGCAUACUAAGUGCAUGUCUUUUUUAUUCCUUUGUUUCUCUCCCUGCAUGUCUGUACAGUCGACACACAAACAGUAGCUACACGUCCCUCUGCAUACUGUAUGAAUAACUCGCUUUACAUAACCACAUCGUCCCUGUGCCAGUUGGCAUAACACGUUUUCACAAAUUCAUGAAUACUUCUUGUGGUUCAGUCUACUGUCAGCAGACACUAAUGACUACAUGCAUAGCUGAUAUCCUGACAGACAGAGAUACAAGAGCUGUUUUAGACUUGGCUUUGGUCAAACAACUAAGAUAUGUACAGAGAAGAGGCUCGCACAUUUACGUCUGUUUCUUUUUAGCUUCAAAGAUUGCUCCACCAAUUUAGCAUUAAAAGCCUAAGACAUUGUCAGACCUGCAAUAGCAAUGUAGCAGAACCGGAGAUUUGUAGGUCGGGUUGUCAUCCACGUCGUCCACAACUGUGAUGAAAAUAUAAAGAGUAAGAACAUCCACAUUAUACAGUGGAACUGCUAAUUCAUUCAACUUCAGAACGAGGUAGAAUAGGCUAUGAUCCUGCGCUAGAAAGCAUGGGCAAAGUGUCCACACGCAGGCAGGCAGGCAGGCAGGCAGGCAGGCAGGCAGGCAGGCAGGCAGGCAGGCAGGCAGGCAGGCAGGCAGGCAGGCAGGCAGGCAGGCAGGCAGGCAGGCAGGUAAACAGGCAGGAAAUUAAGCAGGUUAGUUUCAGGCCUUUAAAGGAUACAGAUUCCAGAUUAUGUUCUUUAUUGUCGAAGCAUUUCAUUUAUUGAUUUCUGCCAGAAUGUUAAAAGAAUUUAAUCAAAUGUAACAACAAUAAUCAAAAAUAAUUUCAAAAUAAAUUGUCUGCAGGAUCUUUAAGCAAAGCUGAAACACCAUUUUGCAAUAUGUGAACAUGUUUUUUUUUUUUCUCUUUUCUUUGUAUUGAAAAACGUUUUGCCUUUUUAAUUCCAUACAUUCUUUUUGGACAAAAUGUAAUGCCUACAUCACCCAUAAUGCAACUCAUCCCCUGACAGUUCUGUUGAGGUUAAGAUUGUUUUACACUACUAGCAGCUAAUGGAGCCUUUCUAACUCCUCAAACCCACAUUUUUCCAGAGAUUAAUUCAACUUUUUUUUUUCUCCUGUUUGCAGUUAGAACUCCCCGGGAUGUUUAUUUGGACAUGCAAAUAUUGGUGGAGGUCUCCUUCUAUUCUCUGUAUCUUUAGCUGGCUAGCUGGAUAUAAUAGUCUGAGAAUGUCUAGUGGUGUUUUCACUGUGGAACUCUAAAGCACACUCCCCGUGGAGCAAUAACUCAGCCAUCUCCUGUAUUUCUGUCUGUCACCACAGAGGAGGGGCUACAUAUCUUGUGCCUUUACACAAAUAGUGGAUGUGAUGCAGCCAGAUUUUGGAUUAGCAUGAUCUUUAUAAUGUAAUAUCCAGCGUUUAUAGUCUCUGUAUUCCACAUGUAUACUCUGUAUAUAUUUUUGUAAUUUGCCUGCACAAUGAUUAAUCCGGCCAAGUAUUAUAAUCCAAAGCUGAUCCCUCAUGGGGAGCCUGUUUUGUGUUGAAUUGUUUUCUCUCCUGAAUGAAUACAGGGGCAUGUCUCUAUGAAUGUUGUGACAGAAUAUUUAGUGGCAUUAAAAUGAGCUGACAGUUUCAAAUGUGAUCAGAAUAUAAUGGAAACCAGCUUUUGGCAUAAACUCUUUGAAGAUUUACAGGUAGCUGAUAUGAAGCUAGCAUUUCAUUUCUCUGCCCUCCCAAACACAAAGCUGUGAAAAGUUGUCGUAAAAACUGACGUACUGUUCGGUCAUAACUCUAUAAUGAUAAUACCUGGAAUGAACUGUGUUGGAUUUAUUUUUUGAACUGGCUGAACACUGAUGCUCAUGCACAUGUUGUGAGAGCGCCCUAUACUUUCAGUAGAGUUUAGACCAACACUACUUUCGGGUGCAAGUGCACACAGUUUGAUAACUAAGUGUGUUGACUGGUUGUCAAUGGACUGGAGACCCGACGUUUGUGCAGUAUGUUGCACACUGCAGCUGAAAAUCGACUGAAUGAAUUUAAAAUUAAGGAACUUGAUAAGGCUGCUAUUGUUAGGUCAUGACCUGUAUUGUAUCAGGUUAGAAACCACAUUGCCUUUGUCUUUGGGGAGGCCAAUGUUCAUUAUAAUAAAUAAUGAAUAUAUUUUAAUAUAUGUAUCACAAAGGUAUUUACAGGUGUGUAUAUAUCUGUAAUCAAGUGUUAAGACCAGAUAUGCACUGGACUAACUAGACCUCUGAUUUGCUCUUGUUUGAUUAGGAUUGCAGGAUAUGUUGUCUUUCUUUGGUACAUUAUAACAAAGCUGCACCACAAUCUGGUACUCCAACUGUAUAUUCUGCCGGGUUUCUUGAGGUUACUUGGGGUUCUUAGUCAACUAUUAUUUUCACCCCAUUUGUCUUCUUUUGAUUUCAAGUGUAACCCUAGUUGUACAAUGAACAAAGUGGAUUGAACAUUAGUAUUUUGUUAAAGAAUGACUGGAAUAAUUGCAUACAAGCUGAUAAUCAAAUACCUUGCAAGUUUUUUUUUCUCUGUGAAUGAUUUGCCAGUUGGUGACAGUCCAUCCCUCCUUUGUCUACUUUUUAAUUCAAUGCAAUUCUUGUUCUGAUCUUUCUUUGUUUCCUGGAGAUUUUAAAUGUGAACAGCCUACAGGCUUUAGGGUCCUUGUCUGAGCAUUACCUUGUGACUUGGAUGUUGUUGUCAACAAUGACCACUACUAAUGAUCAUGUAACUGUAGUGCAGGAAGCUGAGACUUACUUGAAAGUGUUUCUCUUCAAUAAAAAUUGAAGACGAGAGACACUGAUUUGUUGACUCGUUUAUUUUGACUCAACAGCAAAUAUUUAUUCUUAUUUGUAUGUAUGCGUUUGCACUUUUCAUCAGGUGAAUCUGUUUUUGAACAAUUAUGUCAGUGGGGCUGUCACAUAAAGUGUAUUUAAAUAAUCCAAUCAUUGAGCCAAUUAUUCCCAUGGGUCUCUACAUCUCUAAAACACACUGGCCUGUUGUUAUAUCCUGUAAAAAAAAAAAACCCACAUCAAAUAAAGCAAUUUCAUCAAAA